CAGUUCUCAAAGCACGUUUGGCUCAGAGUAGAGUUCUUGCUUCAACAGUGUUUGAACGGAACCCUCUCUCAGUCCCCGUUGUUCUUAAAACCUUUCUCUCUCUACUAUUUACUUUGUAACUCUUUUGCGCCACCCGCAACCACAAAAACAUCAUAAUGGACUCCCAGGUGCGCCAGAACUUCCACCGUGACUGUGAAGCUGCCAUCAACCGCAUGGUGAACAUGGAGAUGUAUGCGUCCUACGUCUAUUUAUCCAUGUCUUACUACUUUGACCGUGAUGAUGUUGCCCUUCAUAACGUGGCCAAGUUCUACAAGGAACAAAGUCAUGAAGAGAGGGAGCACGCAGAGAAGUUCCUCAAAUACCAGAACAAGCGCGGUGGGCGUGUUGUCCUGCAGGAUAUCAAGAAACCAGAGAAAGAUGAGUGGUCCAACACCCUGGAAGCUAUGCAAGCUGCCAUCCAGCUGGAGAAGACUGUGAACCAGGCUCUUCUGGACCUGCACAAACUGGCAACUGACAAAGUCGACCCACAUCUCUGUGACUUUCUGGAGUCUGAGUACCUGGAGGAGCAGGUGAAGUCCAUUAAAAAGCUUGGAGACUACAUCACUAACCUGAAGCGCCUGGGGGUGCCCCAGAACGGCAUGGGCGAGUACCUGUUCGACAAGCACACCCUGGGGGAGAGCAGCUAAACUCAAUGCCCUGGGAGAGAGAAUACAGCCAGCUGCAUCAAAUAUGUCUCUUUACUUUACUGCAGUAUGAGUGGAACUUCUGGCAGACCUUAGGGAUGCUGGGAUUUAUUGUUAGUGUUUGUUGAUGUGCUGUAAAUCUUGUAGUAGCUGAUGUGCUUGUCAACAAGCUUUCAAUAAAAUGGUUUUAGCAUUCUAA